AUGGCUAAACCAACCAUGAAUCACAAAAGCGAUGGCGUUAUCCUAGUUAUGGGAGUCACUGGAGCUGGAAAAAGCUAUUUCUUGAACCAGCUCAAAAGCGAAUCAGUUGCUGAAGGCCACUCCCUGUAUUCAGGAACACAGAAGUGCCAGGCUGUUCACAUCAUCCUUGAUGAGGAUGAGAAGCGCAGUAUAACUGUGGUUGAUACGCCGGGUUUUGGUGAUACAUUUCGCUCGCAAGCAGAAAUUGUUGGCGAGAUUACGGACUACCUUGCCGCCCAGCAUCUGUCUGGCCUGCCUCUUCGAGGUAUUUUGUACCUGCACAAAAUCACGGACAACAGAGUUACCGAUGCUUCGCAACAGCACAUCCAAAUCCUCAGAAAGCUCGUCGGAGAUAAUGCCAUGACCAAUGUCAUUCUGGUUACAACAAUGUGGAAUAUUCUCCGCCCGGAGGACCACCGGCGUGCUGUACAGCGCGAGCAAGAACUUGUAACCAGCUUCUGGAGCUCCAUGAUAGACAACGGGUCUAUUGUCGCCCAGUUCAACGGCACACCAAAAUCUGCUUAUCCUCUUAUUCAUCAAUUGGCGGAUCAGCAGAGCGUGGUCCUCGACAUCCAGAAAGAAAUCGUGGAUGAGGACCGAUCAAUCUUGGAAACUGCCACAGGCAUGACCCUUGUUGAACAGCUGAGAGAAGAUCAUGACGCUUACCAGCUCAAGCUGUGCAACCUACGGGACGAACUUGGCCAGGAACAAAAGCUAAAGCCGGCUAACAAAGUGGAGCUUAAGCGGCUGAAGAGUGAGAUCAAGUCAACUGAGGAGGUUCUGGAUGCUAUAAGUAGUUCGGUGGGCCGCAUGAGCGUUCGACCUGGUGCUCCAAUGCGCCAGCGAAUGAAACAGGCUCUGAGGGAACAUGGCGGGAAGGCUCCGGUAGCAAUCGGGGUGGCGCUCAACAUUACAUUGUUUGUAGUCGGACUGUUCAUAUAG